AAGUUCUAAGAAAGAACCUGAGAGAUCGACCGAGAAGAAAGAAGAACCCGCUAAGAAAGAAGAACCGGUAAAGGAAGCGGAAAAACCGAAGAAAAAGGAAAAACUCAAGAUGAAGUUGUCGUUCACGCACAACAAAAAAAAAGACGAGAAUCUGUUGUUGCGGAUCGUGAAAAUACAAACUUGCUAUGGGACCGCACCCGUUGAGCCCGAAAGUCAAGUCGCUCUCUCUACGUCGUGUCUCGGAGGAGUGGCUAAGGAAUGGGUGCUGGAUGAAGCCAAUGCCGCUGGCUUUGAAGACAUUGGUACUCGGGUUGAACUUGCAGGACAAUCAGGUCCCGUACAUAUACUCACGUUUACUGCCCGAGCCCAUUCGCGAACAGCUCGUGGCAGAAGCCAAGUCUGGUAAGUUUAACUAUCGGCAGUUUCGCGAUCUCGCUCUCAAACGAGAGCAGAUGACCGCACAGGUAAACAUGUCUUAUGCUUCGGUGGUAAAGUCGGGACCGGUUGGUGGAGGUAAGCGAGUCCUUUGGCGACGAAAACGUGAGGACGACAUGUUAGUUGUUUUUGAUGAUGAUACCGUAGAGAAGUUACCCCUCGACGAGUAUGAGGGAGGAGGAGGUAACAACGACAAUAAAUUUGGGAAGGGUGAUGUCAUUGUCAUGAUGGCCAACAAGGGAGGCCAAAGUCGGUGGAAGAAGAAGAGGAGGCCACGCUCGUUUCCCGAGCACCCGGGCAUUGCGUUUGGGAAACCUUGGGAGAAGAUGAACAUAACGCGCGAGGAAUGGCAGUCCAAGAUGGACAAUCGCCAGUGCCUUAAGUGUCCGUUUCGGGUCGGUGUACCGGAUGUUGGAGCGGAUACACAACCGGAGGGCAGUUUUGAAGGACAUGGUGGACCCAAAGAAUGUGGGGAAGUGGAAGGCGAUGCGGUGGUCGAGCGUGCAGCUGCAAGCGAAAGCGGAUCUCGUGUACUUCACACUGCGAAGGGAUGCUUGGUGGACAGAGCUAAGGAAGGUGGUGGAGAUGAUGGAGUCGUUGUAAAUCCUACUGCGGAGGAUGGACAAGGACGGGACCGCACCGUCAAACCUUGUGGAAUACGACCGACUCAUGGAGAGGAUGCUGGUGGAGGUUGUGCUCACACUGGAGCAACAAGUUCUGUGCUAGAGAAGGUGAGGGACCGCAUGAAGAUGAUGCGGCAACCGGUGCACGCGCUGGCUCUUCUUCUCGACCCGCGGAGGAGAGAUCCGAAGUGGUUGCUGAACCAGGACAACGCACUUGUGCAGCGUUAUUUGCAGAGGCAAAUUGGCGGACCUUGGAAGUCCAAGGCGCACGUGGGGAUAUUGAGUGACCUACGCGAGUUCCACAAUCAACCCACCGCACACGACCCCAAGCGGAAGGACAUGAAGAUGUGGGAUGAGGAUGGGGUCACGGAUGCUGAUUGCAUCUCGCCGUCGAAGUGGUGGGCAACACAUGGUGGUGAUGUGUUGAAGUUGCAGGCCAUUGCUAUCAAAGUGAUGGGCAUGUGGAGCACUGCAACUUCGACGGAGCGUAAUUGGUCCUCGAUGGACUUGGUGCACUCCAAGCGACGGAAUCCGUUGAAGCUCGCGACCGUGGAAAAGCUUGUGCACAUUCAUUGGAAUAUUAAUUUGUUGGGGGCGAGCAAGAACUUAAAGGACCAUCACUAUGUCGAUUUGUGGGCGGAGUUCUUCGAGUCUCUUCCGGAUGCGGAGGAGGGCGAUGAUCCUCUUUGGAGGAGCCCGAGGAGGAGAAGGGGAAAACGGAGGAGGAACAGGCGCGGGGAGGCAGAAGACUCGCCCGACGAUGAUUUUGAGCUCGGAGCGCGACCCUCAAUCCCGGGCACCACAUAUGUUGGGAGGAGGCCAACAACACGGCGCCGUCGACAACGCCCGCCCACAACGCCAUCUCAAGGGGCGGCGAAUACAAGUGCACAGUACAACAUCCAAUCCGAUGUUGAGCUACCGCAGACGGACACCGACAUUGACAUGGUGCUUCGCCAAGGUUCAAUCGACGCGGAUGAGGCGGAGGCCGAUCGUGCGAAGGCCAUGGCUGAUGCGGAUCGCGAACAGGUGCUAAGGAGAAUGAGAGAGGAGGAGGAGCGGCGAGCAGCUAUACCAACCCGUAGAGAAAUGGAGAAACAAAAGAAGGUUGGAGAGUAUGAACCGGAGCCUGUGUGGGAGAUGGGGCAGCAAGAGGCGGAGGAAGAGGAGGAGAUGGGCCAGCAAGACGAGAAGGAAGAACACGAGAUGGCCUACCAGGCGCAGGAAGAAGAAGAGAUGGAGGACGACGAAGAAGAGGCUUGCAUGGAGCGGCGAGAGGAGGAGAUGGAAGAAGAUGAAGGGAAGGGCAAAGACCAGCAAGAAGAGGGGUUGGACGACCAACAUGCGGAACGACUGGGAGAGAGCGAGGAGCAGCAGCAUGACGAGAUGGCGAACAGCGAGGACGAGCCGCAACAGCAACAGCAUGCACCGAAGACCAUGUACAAGCGUCGGAAGCAAACAACGCAGCCUGCCGGGUCACCGAAGAAUUCCCCCGAAUUCCCAGGCAACGUAGAGGGAAGCCAACACAACAACCUGUGGGUCAGCAAGGUUGGGAGGAAGAGGAAGGCGCCCCUUGUCGACGAUGUGCUGAGGCCGAAACUCCCACGUGGCAGGCCUCGGAAGAACCCGACUGUCCCUCCGGCUACGAAGCCGAAAAAAAAAAAAACAGACGUGCAAGCCUCGCAAAAAGAUUGUCGAGGAUGACCCCGAUUCCUACAGCUACAGCAAG